GCUAUGAAUUUUGUGUGCAGGCUGACGGGGUAGCAGCCAAUUAUUUUUAUUUUUUUUGCAGCCAUCAUUCUUUGCGUCGGUGUGCAGCAGCGGGGAAGAUUCAGCGCACAUUGCUACAGUAGGUAUAUUUUUCUGGAUCAAGACGAUGGAUGAGUGCUCAUCCGGAUCUAUUCCUGCAAACACAGCGGACGGGCGAGAUUUUUUAUUCCAAACGCAUCCGCAUCUCCCGUAUGUUGCAAGGUGUCUUUGAAAAGGGUACGGACCUCUGGGGGAAAUGAGAAGAAAGGUCUAUUUUGACUCACGCCUGUCGAGAUGGAGGCGUCAUUAAGAAGACCUGUGCAUUCAAGAUCAAACGCACCUCAUUAGAUCAUUCAGGAUCAUUGUUAAUCUGCGUAAGAGCAAAGGAGCAUAGUUGAGCUGUGACCUGCACUUUUUUUUUGUCUAUGAGCACUGAAUCACAAAGAAGAUUGAUCCCACCGUCGUCCCAAUGUAGGAACUGCUCCCUCCGAUUCCCACAACUUCUACUCUUGCUUGGAUUUCAGCAUUCAGUUAAAUCCACCAGGACAGAGUAUGCCAUCUGCACCUUUCCACAGAAUCCUACGACCCCUUCUGCUCGGCACGUUCAUACUGGGAUGCUUUGUGACUCUGUUUUUGAUGUAUUUUAAACCAUCCACCAGCUGGUUAUCAGGUCCUGUCGAGUCAACAGUAUCCACAGACCGGGAAAAGAGCCUCUUCUCCACCAAGAGUGAUAAAAACGUGACCACCGUGCUGAUCUGGCUCUGGCCUUUUGGACAAACCUAUGACCUGGGCGUGUGCAGCUCCCUAUUUAACAUCGAGGGCUGUUUCAUCACCGCGGACAGGAACUUCUACAACAAGUCAGAUGGGGUCGUCAUCCAUCACAGAGACAUUUGUACCGACCUGUCCAACCUGCCGCCUGUCCAGCGACCAUCCUUCCAGAAGUGGGUAUGGAUGAACUUGGAGUCGCCAUCGCACUCCUCCCAGCUGCCUGGGAUCGAGAACAUGUUCAAUCUGACUCUCAAUUACCGUCAGGAUGCUGACAUUGAAGUGCCUUAUGGGUCCAUCGUAGCAGCGGAGGGCGAGGAGGACUUUGUCCCACCCAGCAAAGACAAACUGAUCUGCUGGAUUGUGAGCAACUGGAACCAGGACCAUGUGCGUGUGAAAUACUACAAUGAGCUGUACAAACACAUUGAGGUUCACGCGUACGGACAAGCCUUUGGGGAGUACAUCGCUGACCAGGACUACUUUCCCACCAUCGCCAGCUGCAAGUUCUACCUGGCUUUUGAGAACUCCAUCCACAAGGACUACAUUACUGAAAAACUGUACAACCCGCUCUCUGUGGGGUCAGUGCCAGUGGUUCUCGGCCCUCCCCGGCAGAACUACGAGAACUUUAUCCAGGGAGACGCCUUCAUCCACGUGGACGACUUCACCUCGCCCAAGGAGCUGGCCGAUUACCUGCUGCUCUUGGACAAGAACGAGGAAAUGUACCUCAGGUACUUUGAGUGGAGGCGGCACUUUAAAGUAAAGAAGGCCUAUUUCUGGGCAGAGCACACAUGCCUGGCUUGUGAUUACCUGCGUAGGCACAAGGAGUACAAGGCAUUCAAUAACCUUGACAAGUGGUACUGGGGAGAAUAGUGCUUUGAAGGGCUAUGCAGUGCUUGUUUUGAUGUUAAAGGCAGUGCUUUAAGAUUUGUGUCCUUCAGUUAACUAGAAGGUUCAUUACUGUUCUGUCAAGAGCUCCCAAAUGAUGUUUUUCUAUUGGUUCAGUGGCCCAGUGAGACAUCCAUCUUGUGUUUUUAUUAUUAUUUGCAAGCCAAUUUUGCUACACCGUACUUUGCCUUUUGUGUUAUUCAUUUAUUUAUUUUUGAUGAACUACAUCUGCACUACAUGUUUUAUUGUUAUUUCAACCCAUGUUUUGCUUAACAUGAUGACAUUUGCUGCUAUUUUCUUACGUUUUAGUUAUUUUAUUAGCAUGAAUGCUUGAUUGUAUGGAUGCUCCUGUAUGACAGAUGGCUUUCAUGGUGCAAGGUUAUUGUUUUUUUUUCUUUAAAUAUCACCUAUCAUGAAGUGGGACAUUUGAAUAGUGUUGGCUGCAGAAGGAGACUGACGUAAAAAGUACAAAUAUUUAUGUAAUAUUUAUUCAAGUAAGGCAUUAUAUGAAAAAAACAACAACAAUCUCAUCUGUGCUAGUGAUACAGUCACCUAUGCAGUGUUUACCGAACUCAAAUGUGAAAGUAGUUCAAUUGUGUCAUGUACAUAUUGUGUAUUUUUGGAAUUAUGUAGCUGUCAUUUCCCCCUACAUAGUUUUCAUUUGCACUGCUAAGCCAACUGUUAUCUUUCGUUACAAAAUGUACAGUAAGACAGAAGGACAUUGUGUUAUGUGGUUGUAGACGAGAUAUGGUGAUCAUUACCUGUUCUCCGACAGCAGACGUGACUCUGCUCUGUGAGAGGGAGGUUACUAUUUUAAUCCUGUUGUGAAUUGUUCAUUAUCACAUGUGAUGGUGUCACAGUGAUGAUGAUCGUACAAUACAGGGCCAAUACUGUAUUAUGAAACUCCUAGACACCUCAUUAUGUUGCAUUCAAAUGAGAUCUUUCAUUUUUAACCGAAUACAGUGAUGAGAAAGAGCACAACAUUAGCAUAUUACUGAAGCAAUUUAGCUGUGUGUACUGUACUGUCAUCCGCCAAUGUGACAUCAAAUAUUAACACUGAUACCUUCAACAAUUUCAAGCCGAUGUUACCUGGUGAAGUGGGUGAUGAUCAAGAUCAUAACAGAUCAGAUGAGAUCUGCCCACGUUUGCAACAAUGUGAAAGAUGUGAAAAAGAUAACUGCGAGUUUAUCCUUAUAACUGUCUUUGAAUCUCCACAUUUCAGAGUUGUGUGGGAAGUGAGAGUUGCAUGUGAAGAUGUUUUCUGGAUUUAUUUUUGUUUACACUCCUGUUUACAGUUUUGUGGCUUGCCAGACAGCCUACACCACUCAAGAUCACACAACAAAAAGCAUCAGCAUCUGUAGAUAUCCCAUUCCUUUUAAAUGUUGUAAGAACAGCCAAUCCACUGAACAAUGCAUCUCAACAGCACUCAGCAGCUAUUGACAUGAUAGUUACGUUUUUACAGAAACAACUGUGCAAAACCAAGUUAACAUUUUAUGCAAGAUGAGCCGUUGUCUUCAUGGUCAAAGUACUCAAACAUUUUUCAGGUUAUUUUCAUUUCUUUACUGUCAAAGGGACCAUUCAUGUAAAUAAGGAUGAAUUCAAUUAUUUUUCUUAUUGAAAAUGGUUCUAAAUGCCAUAGAGAAACCUGUAUAUAAACCUUGUUGUGAACUGAAUCACCAUCUGGAUCAACCAUACACCGAGGGAGCUCAAACAGACUUUGAUUUAAUGAAGUGAAACAAUGUGUUGUAUAUAUUUUUAAUGUUUAAAUCUCUUUAUAACAUACAAAUGGUGACAGGCAGUGAAUGUGAUUUCGCUGUGAUGUCGGUGCUUUGAGAGGCUGUGAAUGAAGGUGAAAGGAGAGAGACACUUGAAAAGAAUAACCAGCGAUGGAGACAAUGGUUUUAGUUGUGAGGUCUCCAUCAAGGGAGGCCAUUUUACACAGAAGGUUUUUUUUCUUUUUUGAUUAGGCGUAAUCCUGUUGGCAUGACCUAAUUGAAGAAUUCGUGCCAAAAUGCAGCACAGAUAUAGCACUUUUAUUCAUGUGGAGUGGUGUGACUCACUGUGCUGGUGGCUGUCUUUAGAUGGAGCUAUUGUGAGUUCAGAAACUGUCAUCCUAGACUUCGACUGUCCCACAGAUUAACUAUGAAACUGCCACUCUAGGUUUCAUAUUGUACAGUCAAUGGUUUCUUGUCAAAUGUGGUCGGUGACUUUAAGAACAGAAUAUUUUUUUUCUUUGUGUUGUCUGUCUCUUUCAUCCUCUCUCUCUCUUUCAAUAUCUUUUGCACAAAAUCAAACAUGGAGGAGCUGAGGCUUCUCUGUCCCCCGUCUCAGUCUGUGAGUGUGUCACAGCAGCAGAGUGAAUCAGAAAUCUCUGAAUACUGACCAACCUGGCACUGAUUUUGCCGGAGUCCUGAAAAAAACACUGUAUACGAAAUGUUUGUGUGUGGUUGAACAUGGCGAUUUCUUCAGAAAUGCUCAUUUUCUGCCAGUUCACUGAGGGAAUCAGUGAGUCAAUCAGUACAAGUUUUUUGCCAAAUCAUUGUAUUUUGCCAAAUGUUGUGUUUUAACUGUAGAUGUCUGAUAGUGUCAAAGAAAAUAAAAGUAAGGACAAA